UCUUUUAUAUUUGGUCUAUAGUUGCGAAUUUCACCGUUGGAAACAUGGUUUUUUCUUCCAUAUUUUACGGUAUUUCGAUUCAGUUUCAAUUACUUGCCACUUCGAUUCGAGAUAUUGAUGAUAUCUGUACAGAUCUUAAUGCAGAAUUCAAAAACAAAGAAGAUAUGAGAUCAGACAGAACUCAUCUGGCUUCGGAUAUUUCUGACAAAGAAGCUUACGAUAGAUAUCCACUUCGAGGAACUUUUCAGUCAUCUACAGACACAUUUCAAGUAAAGUUCUUAAAUGAUGAAGCAUUUGCCGGUGCAUAUGAGAUAUGUUGUAAGGAUAUAACGGAUUCUGCACAUUGGAAUGACGUCACAACAGAUACAAACACUUGCUCAGAGACUGCGUACAUGAUAGAGUGCAUAAAUUACCACCAAUGUCUAUUGAAGUUCUGUGAUGAAGUCGACGACUUUCUGAGUCCACUGCUACUGAUAUACAUAGUGAUGUAUGAGGCUAUGAUUUGUGUGCCGCUGUAUCAACUAGUUAUGGGUGAAGCCGACAACAUGUUCAGGUUCUUCACUAGUGCUGUUGAUGCUACUUUCCUGCCAUUAACCAUUUGCUUGUCCGGGGAGAUGUUAUCCACACAGAGCAUGGCUGUACGGAAAGCUGCUUAUGAAUGCCGAUGGUAUCAUCGCUCACAAAGCCUCAAGAAACUUCUGCAGAUGAUCCUGAUACGUACCAAGGAGCCAGUGAAAAUGACCGCUGGGAAAUUUUUCGUCAUAUCUCUAGAAACAUUUGCUAAUAUUGCUAACAAGGUAUUCGCCUACUUCACAGUGCUCAAGAAUAUGCAACCCUGAGCGAUGUCGACUAGGCCAUUUUGCCUGCGCUUGGCAUGUACACCAGUAGCAAGGCGAAAAGCGAAAGAUAAAGGUUAGGUUAGGUUACGUUAGGUUAGGUUAGGUUAGGCUAUGCCUUCCAUAGGAAAUACCAGGCCAGUGUUCUUCAUAGAGUUGUCUAUAACCUAUGAUUACGGGAGCUAUAAGGGUAAAAUGUGUGCUUGAGGCUGAUGAUGUAUAUUGUACUUUGUUGUAAUUCAGUAGUAGUAGUAGAUGUAAGGAUAACAGUAUACUAUUUAUUAAAGAUAGCAUUUCUUCUUGGCGCUACAGUUCAAAGUUGAACCCCGGCCUCUUCAAUCUUUAGCUUCCGUCCGAGGCUCAGCUUGAAGUUUCGAAACAAAUAUUUUUUACGGAAUGAGGUUGUCAGCUUCACUCCCAACCCUCAGCAAUCCUGAGGGAGUAAUGUUUUUCUGUCGGGGAUGUCUCCCUUAGCUGGCCGGUCCCAAUUUGAAAGCGUCAGGAACUCGCUUGUUUGCCCUUGCAUGGAUCAUUACAACAAUUUAAUAACUGUAAUUUUAUUGAGUAGGCUUUUUACUUCUGGCUGUAAAACACAUUUCAUUGCAUCUGUAACAUUUAAGUCCAAGCACAGAGCAGAUUUCUCACCUAGUUUUCUCUACGGUGAUUCUGUGUCAUACGAGAGAAAGUCAAAAUGUAAGAGUAAUUUUAGUGUACGUAUCUUAAAAGUGAUAUUGACAGCUUCAAUGAUGUUGGCGGGUACAGAACACACGAACCGUAUGCCAUCUGUAGGUAGACGGUUAUUAUUAAUUACUUAAUAAAUGAACUGAACUGAUUUAUUAUUAUCAGUGGUGUGAUGAUAACCUUAUGAAACUUAAUCUUCAGAAGUCAAAAAUUAUAUCUUUCACACUUAAGACCAACUGUAUUCGUUUUAACUAUUAUGUCAGAGAUGUUUCAAUUUUGCGUACUGACUGCGUAAAAGAUCUUGGCGUCAUGUUUGAUAGUAAAUUGCAUUUCCAUGCUCGUGUUGAUUAUGCAUAUUCUCUUGGACUCAGAACACUAGGGCUGGUUCGUUUUAUUACUUACAACUUCUCUUCUUUAGACAGUCUUGUUGUUUAAUAUAAUGCUUUAGUUAGGUCUAUGCUUCAGUAUGCUUCGGUGGUAUGGAUUAAUCUUACUGUGACUGAUUAUAAUAAAUUAGAAAGUAUUCAAAUAAAAUUUGCUAAUCUGUGUCA